AUGGAGAAACUCUUGGUUGUCAUGAUGAUGCUUGCAUCAUGUUGCGCAGGUCCCACAGAUCUUUCUGGCAAAGUCUUUGUUUUCCCAAAGGAGACGUCCAAAGAUCACGUGGAACUGAUGACCCCCAACACAAUAUUCCAUGCAGUGAGCCUCUGUCUCAGAUUCAUCACAGAUCUCACCAGGAACUAUGCCCUAUUCUCUCUGUCCACGCCGGGCAUCUUCAAUGACUUUGUUCUCUUCAAGAUAAACACGGAUGACGUUAUUAGAUUUCACGCUCGGGACGGAGGGACAGAUUUCCUGUCUCUGUCUUUUCCUCCCAACUCCUGGCACACAAUGUGCGCUACCUGGAACGCUGAGACUGGUAUUGCUCAAUUGUGGGUGGAUGGCAAACCCACCGUCAAGAGAUUUGUCCAUUCAGGGCAGCCUAUUCGUGGUAAGGCCAUGGCCAUCCUGGGCCAGGAGCAGGACUCCUUCGGGGGAGGCUUUGAUGCCUCUCAGUCCUUCAUCGGCAUGAUCUCUCGACUUCACAUGUGGGACUAUGUAAUCUCGCCAGAAGAGAUCCGACGCUAUGAGGAGGGCUCAAACUUCACUCCUGGAAACGUGUUCGACUGGAGAGCCCUUCACUUUCAAAUUAUUGGCAACAUUUUGGUGGACGAUGAAGUCAUGUAGACGCAGGCAACAAUUACAUCCAUGUGGAACUAAAGCCGUGGUUACCAAAUUUUUAAACCUUUCUCCAACUAAUCAUAUUUACCACACAAUGCCAUAAGAAUGACAUUUGCCUGUUUUUGAGAAAAGAUUAACUGCUGAGUUGUCUUUUCCAAUCAGAAAAGUGUAAUUAUUAAAUUAGUCACUUUUCAUGGAAAAAAAUGUCCCAAGAGAAAAGAUGUAUGAGAAUAUGAGAAUAAA